AUGGCGGAUGACCUUUUUCGAGAUUUGCCACCGCCAUCUGUAUCUAAUUCCGAACAAAAUGCACAAUCUUCAAACAACAAUAAGAUCAGAUUCAGUGGCACUCAAGAAUCUGUACCAAUCUCACCUCCUCCCGCUCCUUCACUGAAGAGAGCUCUCAAACGUCCCAAGCCACCUCCUGAAUCACAGCUACAAGUGGUAUCAUUGCCUUGUGAAGCUGCUGUGCCUGAAAAGUGCUUGAGAUUUAAAACAAUGACAGAUGCCUCGGAAAAGCAAGUUAUUGACGCCGUGCAGAACAUAGCGUCACAUAUUAAGAACCCAUCAAAGUUCAAUAAGGCAUCGAAGCUUGAUAUACAGCUGGUUCAUACUGGUAGUAUCAAGCAUGCGACUGCUGAUAACUUCUUUGCCAUACUUGAAGCUGCAAUGUUGUCUUUGACUACUUGUAAUUAG